AUAAACGCAUCAGUACCUGAUAAGGUGCCAUUUAGGAAGUCAGAUACAAAUGUUUCCUCUUGUCUCUCGUCACCAGAUCUUAAGUUGGAUACCUUCUAUUUCUUCAUUGUUAAAGCAACAUGUCAAGCUGGAAGCACAAUUUCUAGUUCAAAUGGCGUCCGUAUAAUCCCAGAGAAACCGGCUAUUCUUGAAGACGUUACUAUUUUAACCCAGCCUAGAUCAUCUCCACGUUUUAGCAUUUCAGAAACUAGUUCUUCAGUCUCCGUUUGUAUUAUUUCGGCUAUAAAUGUAGGGGCAAGAUAUGACCUUCAUUUUACCGCUGCUGAAAACGUAUCGGCAUCCUUGAAUGUCAAUAUUUCGGAUGGUUUUAUCACUCGCAAAACGAAAUCUGAAAAUACGAUUACUCUCAGUUUUAUUUCCUUCCUGCAAAAACCUUGUUUUCAGUUUCUCAACGUUACUCUAAGUAAGAUACAACUCGAAGAAAUUGGUCAAAACUUCACCAAGGUAAAUGAUUCAAUAUAUAUUGCCAUUGACGAUAGAGACGACAUACACUACAGUGUUUAUUAUGAAGUAGCUGUUAUGCAAAUGUGUGAAAAUGGAACUCUGUCUUGCAAUGAAAUUAUACGACCAUUUCAACGCACGAACCUUAAAAACGUUACAAAAAUUGAAAAUGUGCCACUUGUUUCUGGUGACAAGUACAGAGUGUGCUUGCGUAUUUGUUCGACAAUGCAGUGUUCAAAAAGUAUACUGACGGACUAUUUCGAAAUCGAUGUACAUCCUCCAUUCGGUGUAAUACAUCGUGCAAGCAUUGAACAGUCUGGCAAGCAAGGUAGUUACUUCUUGUCUGCUGAAUGGGAGUCAUUUGUAUCUGCAAGUGGAGUAUCUGUUUACAAAUGGGCCAUAUUUGAAGACAGCAGCAGUGCACAGCUUACAAAAUGGGUUAGCUUCAUUCCGCCAAACACAUCUAGAAUAGAGGUCAAACAGGUUGUUGAUAUCCCAGUGCAUAUUCACACGACGGUGCGAUUUUGUAUUCAAGCGUUUUCGUAUGUCGGACUACACUCAACAACAUGUAAACGCCUGUCUUCCUCUGGGUUUGGCGGGAUGCAUAAUUCAGUAGUUUAUGAGUUUGAUAGGAACAAUCAAAACUGGUCACGCAUACAACAGUUGAUGCACAGUUCCGACUUGGGAGACAUGUAUUCGUUCAUUCACGACAACGAAGUUAAUUUUGGAAAAGCGAACACGGAUAUUGUUGGUGUUGUUAUCAACUCUGAACACAGAAAUUUUACAUGGUAUUUGAUGACUGUCAGGCAUGUGCCAACAGAAUGCCGUUUUAGUCGAAACUGUGUUUAUGGAACAAUCAACAAUGACAAUGUAUUUUACAUUGAUAAAGAGUUUUUGCAGCCAAGUACAUUGUAUUACACGUGCGUCCGUUCACCAAGAACAGAAGUAAAACGGGAGUUUUCGACAGAGAUAUUGAAAGAGCUUGAGGCCUGCAGUAACGGAUUCAUAAUUGAUGAUGCACCACCCUCACACGGCAUCGUUACUGUUGAAACAAUAAACGGAUACGUUAACAAUAAUGAUCUACACGUUUCUUGGACUGGAUUUACCGAUGAAGUUAAAACGUUUCAACUAGGCUAUCCCAGUGAUAUAAAGGAAUAUACUGUUGACAUUGUGAGCCAGUCACAGAAUAAAGGGUCAAUUAUCACCGCAUUUGUUGGACUUAACGAACACGGGCAGUUUCCACUUCAUGCUGCUUCCAUAAAAGACGGAAAUUCAUUUUUUGUCACAGUCACAGCUCAUGACUACGCAGGUUUUCAAACCAAAUCUGUGUCUGAUGAGGUUGUAAUUGAUCGUUCACCGCCGGCGAUUGGAAAACUGAUAUUAAACAAUCAACUGUUGAACAACAACACACUCAUCGCAACAUUCGACAUUCAUGUUGAGUUAGUCGACUUUACCGAUUACGAAAGUGGCAUAGAUGGUUUUGAAGUAUAUAUCAGCACAAAACCAGACACAGUGGAUAUAUCUUCAAUGCGAAGGUUUCAUGAAAAUACUUUUGAUAUCAGCCUACGAUCUAGUCUUUUUCUUGAAGGGGUCGAAUACUACAUCCACGCACAGGCUAUCAACAGAGCGGGAUUAAGUUCUGCAUUUUCAACUGCAAAAUUCCAAGUGGAUAGAACACCGCCUGAAGGAGGCCACGUUGAUGCUGACUAUCAAAAAGACUCUGAUCAAAUAAAAUGUCAAUGGAAAGACUUCUUUGACCCCCAUUCCGAUAUCAUGCACUACAUGGUUUCGCUUGGCUCUAGCCGUUACGAUCAUGAUGUGGCAGCGAGUGUAAACGUUGGCUUACAAACAAGUCACAUUUGGUAUUUGCCAUUAGCAACAGGUAGAAAAUAUUACUGCAACGUAAUGGCUUGUAAUAGAGCUGGACUAUGCAGCAGUCGAUCUUCAAAUGGUAUUAUACUAGACAAAUCGCCACCAAUACCUGGAAAGGUUCGCGUAGGAUCACGAGAUCUGCACCUUCAUUACCUAUCUCAAAGAUCUCAUGUCGAAAUACAUUGGGUUGGUUUUGGAGAUCCGGAAUCUGGAAUAGAACGAUUUGAAGUUUGCAUUGGAACUUCUGAAGGCGUAUGUGAUAUGUUGCCAUCCUUCAACUCUCUUCUAAAAACAAGUUUCAUAAGAACUAAUAUAAAUCUCCCGAUUCAGACCAAGUUGUAUGUAAUGGUGUGGGCAUUUAAUCAUGUCGGACAGAAUGUAUCACAGAUAUCGCCUUUUAUCUAUAUUGAUGACACGCCACCUCAAGUUGUUUUAAAACCCAAGUUCAAUUUGAACUUUGGUCGUUCGUCGGUGAAUUCCUCUUUUGACUACCAGUGGGAUAGAUCUAUCGUGGAUAUUUUCUGGGAGUUUACAGAUGCAGAGAGUCAUGUUGUUGAUCAAACACUGUCAUUAAAAACGCACCAUGAUGGCCACACACCUUUAGAAAAUAUUCAGAUCGGUGCAGUUAAUUCGUUUUCAAUUACUUUGGAUAAAAACAAUUGGCUUAACAACGGCGAUAAGUAUUAUAUGUUUGUUUCCGCAUGCAAUGCUGCCGGACUUUGUUCAACAAGUCAAACAAAUGAAUUACUCAUUGAUGCUUCGCCGCCACACACCGGGGGAUUUAUGCAACCAAUGUCCUGGAAAAACUACAUAACCGCAAACAAAACGAUGGUGAAUGUAACCCUUUCUUGGUAUGGAUUUACUGAUGAGGAAUCCGAGAUUAAAAUGUACUACAUCACAGUUAGUAGAUCAUAUUCGGGUGAAGAUAUGUCAGAAGGAAAACUGAGCGUCAUUCCUACAGACGAUGGCAAAGAAAUAACAGCAUCGUUCACUCUAAACAAUGAAAUUAUAACAAAUGAAAAAAUAGUGUUGACAAUCUUGGCUGAAAAUUAUGCAGGCCUCAACAGUACUGCUGCAAAAGUCACCGUUGUUGCUGUCCAAACUGGAAAUGUUAAAUCCCUCUCGAAAGCACAAGGUUAUUUCGAAAUCGAGAAGCACUCGUGCGACGUACACUAUUGCGAUGGCUCAUGUACUUGCGCGGUGUUCGGGCGGCCAUGCCUUAGUGAUGAGAUACCCGAAUGUUCAAGCAAGGCAGGCAUCAAAACAAAUGUAAAUAUUUCAACGGGAUUUGUGAACGGUAACAGGUUUUUCACAAAGUCGUCAGCUUGCAUUUAUGGAAAUUGGAACAUUACCCACGAAAACACACCAAUAGAAAGAUCUCAAUGGACAGUAGGAAUAUUCAACGGAUCCGAACCAGGGGAUGGAGUGUUUGACUUGAGUUCAGAGAGCCCUUGGAUUGAUGUUGGUAAAGAAAACAAAGGCAUUUACUGUCUACCGGUCGGAAAAGGAUUGAAUACAAUGUAUGCUUAUUCGCUGUAUCUAAAAAUAUGGCUUUCUCCUACUACAUUUGAAACAUUUUCAUCUAAGCCGUUAGCAGUUGAUCACACACCACCUUCUAUACGAAGGGGCCGAUAUAUCAAGGAUUCGAACAUCUUUUGUCAAUUGGAUUUUGAUGUCAUUGAUUGGACUGAAAAUAUCACCGCAUGUUGGGAUGGUGUAUUCAGCGAACAACAAAGUACCAUUACAUAUUACAAUGUAUCACUUGGAACAAGCGUCAAAGGCAACGACAUUGUCGAAGUAUCAAACGUUGGAUUAUCUACGAAUUUUACGGUAACUCGUGUCAGACUCGAGCCUGGAAUCAAGUAUUUCUUUACCGUAACUGCCGUGAACAUAUUAGGACUAAACUCACAAAAAAGUUCUGAUGGGUUUCUCAUCGAUACUGAUAAUCCGAUUCAUGGUGUUGUAUACAAUACAGGUCGAUUUAUGGACAGUAGCUUCCAAGGAGAGGCCGAUAGCUUAAAUAUUUCUUGGACAGGGUUUGUUGAUCAUUAUUCAGGAAUCCAAAGUUAUUAUGUUGCUUUAGCUGAAGUUAACGAAACGCUUAAUCAAGGAGAUUUUGUAAAUGUUGGUUUGCAAACUACUUACUCGUUUCGGAAUUUGAUUUUGCAACACGGCCACGCAUACAUCAGUUACGUUAAGGCUGUUGAUUCGGUAAAACACUACAGUAAUGAUUCUUCAUCGCCCGCUAUAACUAUUGAUACGACCCCUCCAGCUGGCUUUUAUUGCAGAUAUUAUAAUGAAAUAAUGAGAGACACUUUUAUGGUUGAAAGAGUACGUCUCAUUGAAUUUCCUUAUUUAUUUCGUAAAGACGGACUCUAUCGAGCCAUUGGUUAUUUAGAAAGCGGUGUUAAUGAUUUCCGUGUAACGAUUCAAUCUGGAUACUUACAUAUUUCCUUACCCAUUGUGAUCAAUCAUAACGGAUCGAUACAUUUCGAGUAUGAUUUUUCACCAUCCGAAUCUUUGAAUGAAACCUUAUACAUAAACAUCUUCGGAAAGAAUGCAACAGUUUACAUGACCCUCUUUGAAUGUAAUGCAAAAGUUCAAUCAAAUGAAAAUGUUGUAAGAGUUUCUCAGCUGGUUGGCUCGGAAUUAGCUGUAUCAGUGAAUGUUGAAGACAAGGAGAGUAAAAUAAAACAGGUUCUGUUAGGUGUUGGAACAUAUCCAAAUUCGUUUCAAAUUGUUCCUCUCCAUCAAGUUCACUGUGUAAACAUUCAUUUGUUAAACAUCGAUGGCGUUUCCCACAGCACACCAUUAUUCGUAACAGCAAUCGUGGAUAACCAUGCUGGUUUAAGGUCAACCUUUUCAUCGAUACCGAUCGUCGUUGACAGAACAGGUCCAGUGAUAUCGUUGUUGGAAUUUAAUACCAUAUCUUUCUUGGAUACAGCUGCAAAUGGGACUGUAGAAACAACAGUUAAUAUUUCUUGGAGUGCGAUGGACAACGAAUCUGGGCUAAAGUCAUGUUAUGUUGGAAUAGGAAAUACAGUAAAUGAUAACAACGUUUUAAAGGCUACGUAUGCGCCGGGAACAAUGUUUACAACAAUCAUGUUAAAUUUAGCACAUGGAACACGCAUGAUAGCGAAUAUAAGAUGUGUCAACAAGGUAGAAAUAGCUUCAGCUAUGUCAUCAAGCACCCAAUAUGUGUUGUAUUCGAAACCAGACAUGAACUCGGUGUAUUUGAAUGUAAUCGCGGACAAUGAAAUGUCUACAGAUUGCAACAUGAAACACGGUUUCUCUGAAGGUCCUGUAAGCAUUGCGCCAACUGCGUCGCCUACUUGUCCCCUUUAUCUUCAAACGAACGACUCCUCGAUUAAGCUUGAAUGGUCUGGAAGGACUAAUAAGCUAUAUAUUCAACGAUUUGAGUUCAAAGUAGCGAAGAACGAAAAUGAAACGAUUAUAGACUGGACAAGCUGUGGUUUACAUAGAAUGGUCGACGUUGCUGGACUUUCCCUUCAAUCUAAUCAGAUGUACACAUGUUCUGUACGUGGGAUUGAUAUACGAGGCGGUAGAAGUGAUCCUCUGACGGCAUUGGUCAAACCACGAUGGUUUGUACCAUCCUUAACAGAUAAAGCGAUAACUGCUUCUUUUUCAAACAAGACGGUCUCUUUAAACUGGACGCAAGUAUUUGCGGUAAAGUCAAACAAUCCCUUCCUUUACGACGUCAGUGUGGGAACAAGAAAAGGAUACAAUGAUGUCAUCGAUAUUAAGAAGACAAGAGAUGCCUUUGUUACUUUUCGUCUGCCUGAAAAUUCUAUCUUGGGUCCAGUUGGGAACGAACUCUUCAUAAACGUUGUGUGCAAAGACAUGCUUGGUUUAUUCACAGUGUAUGAAACAACCAUUGCAGUUUUAUAGAAAGAGUCCAGUUGGUUUAAUUUUGUAUUUGCCAUAUCGCCAUGAACAAGUGUUGCAUUAUACAAAAUUAUCUGCAGUUAAGUUUUCCAUCUGGUCAUGGUAUAGAACGUUAAAUAGAAACUAGGGUUAGGUUAGACUUAAAUAUAUAAUAAUAUUGUUAUAUACCUUUUUUUAAUUGUCAUAUUUAUUUAAGAUGUGUUUUUGAUUAUAUUAAAUUGAGGCUAGUUGGUGUAUGUUCGAUGGACGUCAAUGUGUAUGGAGUAGCUUCCGUUUGUUUAAUUCCUGCAGUAGACUGACUUAACUAUACUACACACGAGUGUGUGUUAGUUGUUAUGACUUAUGCUGUCCGUUAUGCAUAACUUGAUUAUAAGACGUAGUGUCAAUUUUUAGUCGCCAUAGUAAGAACAUAUUUUAUGAAAUAUUAACAAAAAUAUACUGCA